AUGGAGAAAGCCUGGAGAUGCAUGGACGAGACAGCACUGAUCGCUUUUGGUAUCUUGAUGGAAGAGAUGGGGAAUGAGAUGCUUGGCGAGACAGGUGAUCUGGCCUUCACGGAGGCAGCUGUUGAAGUAGAGGAGCAAGAAAUGGGCCACGAGGAUCAAGCCGACGGACAGGGGAAGAGUGCGCAGCGAUCUGCAACAGCAGCCCCAGAAAAAGAGGAAGAGCAACGGCCUGGUUUGUUGUCAUCAGAAGACGAUGCAUCAGAAGUCUUUGAAAAGAGAACAUUGUUCGGUGUGGGUAGGGCACAAUCCAUGGUCGUGGUGGGUGGUGCCUUCCCCUUUGAGAGCCGUCCACUUCAAAGGAGGAAGGCACACCCCAAAAUUCAAGCCAAUCCGCAGAAGGCGGCCACCAUUCUCGCAUGGUUCCACAAGACAGCGCAAGCUCAUAGCAUCAAGGACCUGGAGAAGACGCUGCCUCAGGUCGGAGCUAUCAGCGGCAUGCAUGUCAAGGACUACUUGCAAGCGCUCUCAGACGACAACAAGAUCCGUGUGGAGAAGAUUGGCAGCGGCAACUGGUACUGGAGCUUCAUCAGCGACGAGAAGAAGGCCAAGGAUGCCAUGCUCAGUAAGGCCCAGGAAGAGUACAACAAGAUCAACGUGACGGUUGCCGAGCUCCAAGCCAAGGUUGAUGAGGCAGGUGCUGCACGCGCUGAAGACGAAGACGUCCUUACGGAGACCGGGGGUGACCGCAAGACACUCAUCACCAAACAUGGUGACUUGACCAAGGAGUUGGACAAGCUGCGGACUGAACUGGCUGCAUACAGCGAGCAAGAUCCGGUAGAAGUCGAGAAGAAGGCAGCAGAGACUCAGAAAGCACGCGAUGAAGCCAUGGAGAGCUGGAUCAAGAAGCAGGGCAUCAUGGCCCCCGCGGAUUUGGAGGUUGUCCUCAAGAUGCUCUAUGGAGACGAAUAUGACGAGGAGGAAGGUGGAUUACGUGACGAUUUGCUGUACAAAAACCGCCUCAAAUCAAAAUUCAAUACCCCGCGAUGGCUGCUGCUGGAGAAACUGGCACUGCAACUGGAGCGCAGGAACAACCGCGUAUCCCUGCGAGUCCACAACGGCGCGGUAGAGGUGGCCGAGGACGUGGAAGAGGAGGUCCUGCUGGAUCAGAAGACCGACCUGAGCAUGCUGGUGGCCGAGGCAGAGGCAGGGGCGACUCUCACAAUGGGCGUGGGCGCGGACGAGGCCAACAAAGGCAAGGCGCCGGUAGCAGAGACAGAGCAGCAAGGCCAGAUACUUGCCACAGUGCCCAAGGUCGUCCUCCCGCAGGACGACGACGACGAUGCUGAAGUUUGCUUCAUUUGCGCCUCGCCCGUUCAGCACACCGCCGUCGCUCCUUGCAACCACCGAACAUGCCACAUUUGCUCCAUUCGAAUGCGAGCGUUGUACAAGACCAAGGCUUGCGCCCACUGUAGGACUGAGUCCGACCACGUUAUCCUCACAGACGACACCGAAAAGAACUACGAGAGCUUCGACGCGGCCGACUUCUUCCAAUCAAACGACAGCCUAGGCAUACAUUUCGAGAACCCACAGGCCUUUGAUGAUACACGGUUGUUGUUGCAAUACAACUGCCCCGAGGGCGACUGUGAUGUUGCGUGCCUUGGCUGGCCAGACCUGCAUCGUCAUGUCAAGACGGCGCAUAGGGACAUCCUGAAUGUGGCUUUUGCCGCGAGCGCUUUUAUGGAGACGACGAGCUUUACACUCAUUGCCGAGACAAGCACGAACGCUGUCACAUUUGCGAUCGACUACUACGUCAACUAUGAUUCGCUGGAAGUGCACUUCAAGAAAGACCACUUCCUCUGCCCCGACCGCGAGUGCUUGGACAAGAAGUUUGUCGUUUUCGAUUCAGAAAUGGAUCUGAAGGCACACCAGAUCGAAUCUCAUCCUAACGGUCUUACGAAGGAUGCUCUGCGGGAUGCCAGACGGGUCGACAUGUCCGGCUUCCAGUUCCGUGCGCCACACGAGCAGGAUAAUGGUGGUAGACGAGAUGACCGCAGACGUGAAGGUGGAAGGGGUCGUGGACGAGGCCGAGACCCAAACGCGGAGCCUCUCCCUGCAUCUUCAGCUCAAACUUUGAGCCGAGCCGAACUUGCUUACCAGCGGCAAAUGGAAGCUCAGAACUCUACAACUGGAACAACAAGAGCUUUUGGUGGCCAGCUCACAGCGCCUACGCCAGGCGAGGCAUUCGCAGCCAGACCACCACCUAAUGCAUCUGAGCCGCCUACAGUCACAGCAUCGCGUCCCCCUGUUGGCAGUGAUCUUGCGAAUGGCGUCGGUCAGCUCAGUCUCAACGCUCAGUCAACAGCUUCCGCGCCACAGACACCCCAGGAGCAAGCACGUUUACUUCGUCACAACGCAGUCAUAGAACGAGCGACUGGUCUGCUACGCAACGAUGCACCAAAGCUUCAGGAAUUCCGAUCAUCAAUCUCGGCGUAUCGAAACUCGAAGACGUCGGCAACGCAGCUGAUCGAGGGCUUCUUUGCGCUGUUCGAUACCAACUCAAAAGAGAUUGGCAAACUCAUCAAGGAACUCGCUGACAUUUUUGAGAUUCCCGCGAAGCGUGAAGGCCUGCUGAAGGCCUGGAAUGACUGGAAGGCGAUCAACGAAGACUAUCCGUCUCUACCAGGAUCUUCCGCACUAAAUGGCAGUGUCAUCACGAUCGACAGCCAAUCAGAAGGCAAGCUGGUCCUCCCCAUCGUCGAGCAAUCCUUUUCCUGCUCUGCCAGCUGCCUCCGCGAACCGUAUUGGGGCGAAGCCUGGGCAGACGCCCUGGGCUUCCUCAUCCUCUGCUGCAGCAAGUGCACGUACAUCACCACUCCCGUCUCGCAACACUUCUUCAGCAGCCUUGAACAAGAAGCCGAAUGUUGCAGCGGAUGCAUUCCCUGCGCUGCCAGCAGCCGCGAAGCCUACUAG